CCCCAGCACUGCAGCAUUUGCAGACUGCAGCUCCAGCCGCCGCCCGCGCCUCCUCGGCCUCCGCAGCCUCCGCCGCCGCCAGCACCAUGGCCAGCACCUUGUCCGCCUACAAGGAGAAGAUGAAGGAGUUGUCAGUGCUGUCGCUCAUCUGCUCCUGUUUCUACUCACAGCCGCACCCCAACACCAUCUACCAGUAUGGGGACAUGGAGGUGAAGCAGCUGGACAAGAGGGCCUCUGGCCAGAGCUUCGAGGUCAUCCUCAAGUCCCCUUCUGACCUGUCCCCUGAGAGCCCAGUGCUCUCCUCUCCCCCCAAGAGGAAGGACACCUCCCUGGAGGGGCUGCAGAAGCGGCUGGAGGCAGCUGAGGAACGGAGGAAGACGCAGGAGGCGCAGGUGCUAAAGCAGCUGGCCGAGCGGCGCGAGCACGAGCGCGAGGUGCUGCACAAGGCGCUGGAGGAGAACAACAACUUCAGUCGUCUGGCGGAGGAGAAGCUCAACUACAAGAUGGAGCUCAGCAAGGAGAUCCGCGAGGCGCACCUGGCGGCGCUGCGCGAGCGGCUGCGCGAGAAGGAGCUGCACGCAGCUGAAGUGCGCAGGAACAAGGAGCAGCGAGAGGAGAUGUCCGGCUAAGGGGCUGCGGCCCAGAGGCGCCUGGAUCCUGAGAGGAGACGUCUACACACGCGGGUUCUGGUUUCGUCUUGUCCCACUUUGUCUAGAUGCAACUUUGGUUCCUGCCCCCUCCCUACCCUGCACUCCUAGCUCAUGCUUCUCUUUCCGCUCUGAGCUGUCCAGUCCUUGUGGCCUGUCACUCUCCACAGGCUCUCCCUCAAGGAGCCACCAGAACAUGGCACACAGUCCCUCAGUUCAGGCACCAGGCCGGGCAGUGGCUGGGUCCCCUCUUGGUGGCCCUCUUAGCAGACGUGGUGGCAGCCUCAAUAAAUCCAGUGGUGGUAGCAGGAA